UACCUGGCUGUUGUCAGGUAACUAUGGGGAUGGAGUCCAGACAGAAUACCAACACCAGGGACUCAUAGCCUAGAGGGAUAUCCUCUUCUGCCAACAGGACAACAGACCAGGCAAUAGACCAGGGUGGGUACCACUGUCUCCAGCUCGCAGAAAAUGGAGCAUAGUAUAUGUAAGCAUCCUGCCCAAGAUUGAUCAGCUAGUAGCUUGAAACCAUGCAAGGUGAGAAUGCCCCAUGCCUCCAGCACCUGUAUACAGUGUAGAAACUCACCAACCUGCCACGGUGUUUUCCAGCUUCCGAUGAAGACUGACUGACUAGUGACUCUCCAGGAGUUCUCCAGGUGUUUAGCUUCAAGUCGGGAUCACAGAAGCAUCCAGACUCAUGGACUGAGCUGCUCUAGGGUUCUCAGCUUCUCCAGUGUGAAGAUGGCCAUUCUUGGACCACCCAGACCACAUUUCUUUUCUCAGAAAUAGAAGGGCUGGGCAGUGGCCAGGACUCAACACACAGAAUCCCUUUGCUUCUUUGACCUCCAGACAGGAAGAAAGGCUGAAGAGGGUCCAGAUGACUCAGCAGUGUGUUCAGUCCUAGGAGCAGCAGGGGGUGCAUGUGGCUGGAAGAUGAGAGCCACACCUCUGGCUGCUUCUGCCGAUGUUCCCCGCAGGAAGAAACCGUUGGAGUUGAAUGACAACAUUGAUGCCGAGUGUCCAGUCCUAAAACGAGUGAGAGAUGAGUCCGAGCCUGGACCACACCCCAGCCUGCUGCCCCCCAGCCCACCUCCCGCCUCAGACUUGUCACCUGCUAUGGUCCCUGCAACCCGGCUGGGACCCUAUAUCCUUUUGGAACGAGAGCAAGGCAACUGCAGCUAUCGGGCCCUGCACUGCCCCACAGGCACAGAGUACACCUGCAAGGUGUACCCCGCCAGCGAGGCCCAGACAGUGCUGGCACCUUAUGCCAGGCUACCUACCCACCAGCACGUGGCCCGUCCCACCGAGGUCCUGCUGGGCUCUCGGCUCCUUUACACCUUUUUCACGAAGACCCAUGGGGACUUGCACAGCCUGGUGCGCAGCCGCAGAGGUAUCCCUGAGUCCGAGGCAGUUGGCCUCUUCCGGCAGAUGGCUGGUGCCGUGGCACACUGCCACAAGCACGGGCUUGUCUUGCGAGACCUCAAGUUGCGUCGCUUUGUCUUCAGCGACUGUGAGAGGACGAAGCUGGUGCUAGAGAACCUGGAGGAUGCCUGCGUGAUAACUGGACAGGACGACUCUCUGUGGGACAAACAUGCGUGCCCUGCCUACGUGGGACCAGAGAUACUCAGUUCCCGGCCGUCCUACUCCGGCAAAGCGGCUGAUGUCUGGAGCCUGGGUGUGGCACUUUUCACCAUGCUGGCUGGCCGAUACCCAUUCCAGGACUCUGAGCCAGCCCUGCUCUUUGGCAAGAUCCGUAGAGGGACCUUUGCCCUGCCUGAGGGCCUAUCAGCCCCAGCCCGCUGUCUGAUCCGAUGUCUCCUCCGCAAGGAGCCUUCAGAGCGACUUGUGGCCCUGGGAAUCCUGCUGCAUCCCUGGUUGAGGCAGGAUCACAGCAGAGUCUCUCCUCCACAGUCUGAUCGAAGGGAGAUGGACCAGGUGGUCCCAGAUGGGCCACAGCUGGAGGAGGCUGAGGAAGGGGAGGUGGGACUGUAUGGCUAGGGCCACUUUACUGGCCCCGAAGCUCCAAGGUAUGAGCUGAGUACCUGUGUCUCAGCUUUCUCCCGCCUUUUUGGGCCAAGCUAAACCUUAAGUGCCUUUCUUGGAGGAAGAAACAGCUGGUGUGCCUCAUGCAUUCCUAUGCAUAGUGGGGUGAUGCUCCUUGGGUGCCAAGCCCUGUUCUGAGUGCUGUGAACAGCAAAGAAAAAAAGAGGGAGAAACAUCCCUUGCUGGCUGAAUGCUCCCAGGCCAGCAUCCACCCCCUGCCUUGGGCACAUUUCAUUCUCUGGGCUGGUGCUUCUGUUCACGGGAUAGUGCCUUUUAUCAGUGCCCCAGCUGUCUUCUGUCUUGUGCCUUUAAACAGUGGAGACACCUCUGUGCCAAAGAUCAAAGUCUUCACUCACCUUGUGCCUCAGAACCACAAAUCAGGCCAGGCUGGGAUUGUGCACACCGCCCCCCCCCCCCCCCCCCCCCCCCGGUUGGAAAACCUGCUUGAAGACCAGGCUGUGGAAUUCAAGCCAAAAGGAUGAGACUCAAAUAAAGAGACAUCUGACUCAAGGAAUGGUCUGGAAUAAGGAUCCAGGUCUGUUUACCCUUGUAACCUCCAGCUGGAACACCAAAGUUGAAGGGGAAGGACCAGGCAGGGACUGUCCUACUGCCAUACAGAGAAUCUCAGGCCCUGUUCUGGGGACUUUUUAUACUCAGGUCUGCUGUCAGUUUGAUGGUUUUGGUCUGAUUAUGUAUUUUCAUCAUGUGCCCAAUAAAAGAGAGCUGUGUGGUUCUAUAUAUGAAAGAGC